AUGUCUGGCCUGGAGGAUGCGGUAUUGCGCAAUAUCCAGGCAGUAGCGGAACUCUCGGAUCUUGUCAGGACGAGCUUUGGUCCCAACGGGAGGAAUAAGCUUGUGAUCAACCAUCUGGGCAGGCUUUUCGUCACCUCCGAUGCUGCGACGAUCAUCCGUGAGAUCGAGGUCGUCCACCCGGCAGCAAAGCUGCUGGUCAUGGCAUCUCAAGCUCAGAGUCUGAGGAUUCUUCCCAAACCCUUGCAUUCUCCUAUCAACUUUAUGGGCGAUUCUACCAACACCGUCGUGAUCCUUGCCGGCGAGAUGCUCAAGAAAUCGGAGCAGCUCUUGAUCAUGGGUCUUCAUCCGAGUGAAGUCAUCAAGGGCUACGAGCUCGCAUCCGCAAAAGCUCUCGCAGAGCUCGACAACGUCUCUCGCACCGCUCUUAAGCCCGCGAUCGCGUCAAAACAAUAUGGCUUCGAGGAUCAGCUUGCGGGGCUGGUUGCGGAAGCAUCGCUUGCCGUUAUGCCGCCAAAUCUGAAGAAUUUCAACGUCGACAACGUUCGGGUGGUGAAGAUCAUGGGGGAGUUUGUCGGGGAGCAAGGUGCCGUGAAGAAGGUGCAAAAAGGCAAAGUUGCCGUUUUCACGUGCGGUCUCGACAUAUGGAAUGGAUGGAAACUGACCGACUCAGCACUAUGCUUUGUAAGGUGA